AUGAGCCUGGCCAGAUUCAGCUUCCCACCCAACCCUGGACCCCCAGGAGGUGGUGUCAAGAGGGGCCAUGGCCUGGGGUGCGGGCCCCUCUUCCUCCCAGAACACUGGCCUGAAUCAGCCAGCUCCUGGCACACACAGCCAGGUCCACAGGCACAACUGUUCCUUGGGGCCCCUGAGGGCGGGGGAUCUGCUGGGGCUGUGGCUUGUAACGUCUGGACCCAGCCCCAGUCCGGGAGGAAGUUCUGCCGGGCGCUCUCCGCCGGUGCCUCCCUGGUUAUAUUGUUGAACAGGAAACCCGGCAGCGCGGGAGUCGCGCGGUCGAGGAGGGAGCGCGGGACGCCGAGCCCACGCGCGCCUGCCGGGGCAAGUGGAGGCGAGGCCGGCGAGCGGACGCCCCGAGGGUCGGGGAAGGAACCGAGGCCGGGUCCCCUUCUUAUCCAGCCCGAGACACUGAGCUCCAGUGGGCGUCCCUGUGCUGGGAAUCCCGCUCGGAGUUUUUCCAGGCCUGGCCGGGCUGCGUCGGGAAAGGCCCUGCUCCGGUUCCGCGCAGCCUCUCCGGCCUCGCCCCUGGAAACCCCGCCCAGGGCGAUGGUAGGGGCCUAACCUGCUGCCACCGCCGGCUCCGCCCACCCAGCCCAUGGGCUCCCUGAGGCCCGCCCAGCCGACGUGAGUGCGCUGCG